CUGGAGACCGCUAGGAAAAGAGGCGGUGGCGAAGGGCUGGCUGCGUGGUCACGAUGCUGAACGCAGAUCGCCUCUCUCAGUCGGGGCUCGAGUAUCUGGCUCAAAGACAUGUCAUUACAUAUAUGGAAGAUGCAGUGAGCCAACUUCUAGAAAGCAAAGAAGAUAUUAGUCAAUAUGGUAUUGCCAAAUUCUUCACUGAAUACUUUAACAGUGUGUGUCAAGGUACACAUAUUUUGUUCCGAGAGUUCAGCUUUGUCCAAGCUACACCCCAUAAUAGGGCAUCCUUUCUAAGGACCUUUUGGAGAUGCUUCAGAACAGUGGGGAGAAAUGGAGACCUGCUGACAGCCAAGGAAUACCACUGCCUACUGCAGUUGCUUUGCCCUGACUUUCCCAUGGAGCUUACUCAGAAAGCAGCGAGGAUUGUUCUAAUGGAUGAUGCAGUGGACUGCUUGAUGUCUUUUUCAGACUUCCUGUUUGCCUUCCAGAUCCAGUUUUACUACUCAGAGUUCCUUGAAAGCGUGGCUGCCAUCUAUCAAGAACUCUUGACGGGUAAGAAUCCAAACACUGUCAUUGUGCCUACAUCAUCUUCUGGGCAGCACCGUUCCCGUCAAGCUCUAAGUGAAUGCAGCCCACUGGAUGGCGUCGAGACAUCUGCAUUUUAUCAGUGCCUGGAGUCCCUGUGUGACAGGUCCAAGUACAGCUGCCCACCAUCUGCGGUUGUCAAGGAGGUUCUGAGCAGUGUACAAAGACUGACCUUCUAUGGAUUUUUGAUGGCUCUUGCAAAGCAUCAUGGGAUCAACAGAGCCCUUGGUGCCCUCCCAGAUAAAGCAGAUCUGAUGCUUGACCCACUUAUGGAUCAGGAGCUAGACAAACUGGUAGCCCAGGUUUCAGGGCUCUCUAUAUCCAACAUGAGAGGGGACACUGCAAGCCUGCCUUCCCGCCCCUCUCCCCGCAUUAGUUCUCCUUGGAGGCCUCUCCAUCACCGCCGAAAAAUCGACACCGAGAGUGAUGGCUCUACUGAAGAGACAGAUUCUUCUGAAAACUAACAGAGAACAUAAGCUCAGUUCCAGAGCCUUUUGAAUGAAGUAAUAUGGGUAGUAAGGAUGGCAAAGCAGCAGUUCCAGGACUUUGCACCACACAUAGACCACUGUGGUCCACAGUCACAGGGCUUCCUCCUAGUAAGACAGAACAAAUUUACUCUACCCAAAAUUUCAGCCUCUUUGUCUAUACUUCCACAAGAACUGAAUAUACCUUAUUCCAGGACUGAUUUCAGUUAGGGUUAUACUGCCCUCCCAUGGCAAUUAACUUGAAUUUCGUAAAACCAUUUUAGUACUAGGGCUGGUAAGUUAUCUUUUGUCUUCUUUAAGAAUUAAUCCUAAUACUGCUCCAGCAAAUAUCUUCAUCCUCCAACAGUGAGGGGAGAAGUAGUUUAAGAGCCUGUAGCUUACAGCUCACAGCACAUCUGUAAUCCAUAUAAGAUUUGUUUUACAUUUUUGAUGGAUAUACCCACCCACUAAUUAAGCUUGAUACCUUUCCAGAUUUCUGUUCAGAUUGGCUAGAACAUUAUCUUACUGAGAUACCCAUUAAUGAAGUAGGGAGACCUCUACACCUUUGGACAAGGGAUAGAUUUUUUUCAGUACCCUCUUAUUGGCUUCAGUUUAGGAGAAAGGGGAAGAAGAUUAUUCAUUGUAAUUUCAUAAAGCUUUAAACUUCUCUGUGACAUAUAUAAAAAAUAAAGCAUGUUGUACAAGA